CCAAUGGCCAAUGGAUUAAGAGCUGGUAGGAGUGUCUAUGGUGGGUGUUUGACAUCUGUUUAGAGGGGAUGUAGUGUGUGAGAGCUGUUCAGGAGCUUGAUGGUCUUGUUUAGGUGAUUCCAGUCCCAGUCCUGGGGACCACAUGCUCUGCAUUUUUUUUUGUAAAUGAGGUGUGCUAGAUAAAAGAAAACCUACAAUUGUGUAUAGUUUGAGGUCUCCAGGACUGGGUCAAGUUGUAGAACCUUUCCUGAAAACUGGUGGUCCUUGAUUUUUAACUCUUUCUCCAGACAGCAUGACUGAAAGAAAAGGCUGUGAUGGGGCAGGAAGUAAUGUUCAUAAUGAAGUAAUUCUUCUUGCAGACAUUUUGUGGUCUCAAACAGUAACCACAAACAUGCAAGACAUCAGUGGUCAUGACCCCAGUUCGUACCUAAAGAGUUUGGGCUUUUCCACAUCAGAUGGAAGUUUAUUCUUUCUUCACACUUUCUGGCAGUUGAUAAAUAAAUGAUGUCCUGUUUCAGGUCUUCUCCUGCACUUUUCCACCCAGCUUAAAAUGUGCUUCCGUAACCACAUCAGGGCACUUCACGAAGAGGAAUGUUAAGCUGCUAAAACAGGUGACAUAUAAGAAUAUGGCGUCCGGAAGAUGUUCUGGUUCUCAGCAAAUGUCAUCUGGUACCCUCCACAUAAGCACAUCUCACAGACAAUCACAGAAAUGCAGCAAGGAGAGAACUCACUACUGCUUGGAGUGUGGAAAGAGUUUUACCCGACAGAGUGCUCUCAAAAUACACCAGCGCAUUCACACAGGAGAGAAGCCGUAUUAUUGCUCAGAGUGUGGGAAGAGUUUUAAUCAUCAGAGUUCACUCCAACGACACCAGCUCAUUCAUAGAAAAGAAAUGCCAUAUUACUGCUCAGAGUGUGGAAAAGGUUUUAAUCAACAGAUUGUUCUCCAAAAACACCAGCGCAUUCACACAGGAGAGAAGCCGUAUCACUGCUCUGAAUGUGGGAAGAGUUUUAGUCAACAGAUUCAUCUCCAAAAACACCAGCGCAUUCACACAGGAGAGAAACCUUAUCACUGCUCAGAGUGUGGGAAGUGUUUUACUUUACAAGGUAAUCUCCAACGACACCAACUCAUUCACACAGGAGAGAAGCCAUAUUAUUGCUCAGAGUGUGGGAAGUGUUUCAGUCGUCAGAGUUCUCUCCAAGAACACCAGCGCAUUCACACAGGAGAGAAGCCUUAUUAUUGCUCAGAGUGUGGGAAGAGUUUUACUCUACAGAGUAAUCUCAAAAUACACCAGCGCAUUCACACAGGAGAGAAACCAUAUUACUGCUCAGAUUGUGGGAAGAGUUUUACUCUACACAGUACUUUACAAAAACACCAACGUAUUCACACAGGAGAAAAGCCAUAUCAGUGUUCAGAGUGUGGGAGGAGUUUUACUGUACAGAGUACUUUCCAAAGACAUCAGCGCAUUCACACGGGAGAGAAGCCGUAUCACUGCUCAGAGUGUGGGAAGAGUUAUACUCUACAGAGUAACCUCCAACAACACCAGCGCAUUCACACAGGAGAGAAGCCGUAUUACUGUUCAGAGUGUGAGAGAAGUUUCAGACAUUCAAAUACUGUGAUGACACACAAGUGCUUUAAGAGCAGUCAUGGAAAUGGACAGUAGUGAAUUCAACCGUAACACAUUCUGGGAGUAGAAGUCUGCAGGAAAUGGUGCUUCCAGGUCAGAUUUCAAAUUGUUUUCAGGGAAAACACACCUAUUGUUUUUCGCUGUUUCUAAAGUUUCUAAAACAUGAGCAUUAAAUGAAUUUAUUUCCUGUGCUGAACAGUAAGUCAAGCCUACAGCUCAUACACCCAACACAAAGAUGAGAUACUGCAGAUUUCUCUGAAAUUUAUUUUCAUUUGUAGUAUAUGUUGAAAACAAUGGAGAAGCUCCACGUUCAACAAUAAGGGGUUCUUUACUUUUUAAUUAGUAUAUCUUGGGUAUUACAGUGUUUCUGAUGAUGAAUGUUUUUGACAAACAUAUGACAGUGUGUUUCUGCUCCUUUGAUUCCUACACGUUAACUAGUUAAUGUUUUUUGCAAUUACAGUACCAUUUUGUCUUCACUUUUAGCAUUUAGGGGAUGUAUUUGUAUGAACUAUGUUUGGCAUGUUCUUUUUGAGGACUGUAACAAAGGAGAUAUGACUCUGAAGACUGGAACAAUGAUGUUUUGCUGUGCUGGGCAGUACUGAACAGCUUUGGAGACACAGGAAUAUCAAGGACUGCAAAACAUUAAGCUGUCGCUGUAUAUCUGGGCGUGUGUCUAGUGAUGUACUGGUGAUCUCUCCUCAGUAAGGCCUACACAAGACUGUUCUAUGCAGCAUAAAGUUGCACACUGGCCAGACUCCAGCUCAUCCUUGAUCUUUCCAUUGCUCUUUUUAGAGACUUUAAGGACUGUUAAUAUUCUUUCUAUGCGUGAUACUUGGAGACUAGUUGUUGCUUAAGAACGGUGCAGUGACAUGAGAAAUGUACUUUCAUGCCCAUCUCUAAUCUAUCCUACUAGACAUGUUGGUGGCCUAUGGUACAGCAGUUGCAACUGAGUAUCUGUGUCAUCAUGUAACUGGGUGAAAGGUGACUAUUAGCGAAGUUCAUGGUCCUGGGCUUCACUGAAAGCGACUGUUAUUAAAAUGUGCAUGAGGCACUGUUUGUUGACUGAAUCUCAUCAAUGACAAUGUGUUCAGUUAUGUUACUGAACCAAUCCAAGUUUGCAUUGGAGCAUCCCUAGAGGUUUAUGGAUAGGGGGGCUAAAGCUGUACUAGGGGAUGCUGGGGGGCGUGGUCCAGGAGAAUUUUUAUUUUUUUAAUGUCCUCAAUAAACUUCUCGAGGACGAACGGUCAGAAAAUAUAUAUAUAAUAAAAUGGCUAUUUGGUUAAAUUGGCACACAGUAGAUGUGUUUCUUUGUAGUUUGUAUUAAGCAAAGAGCUAAUAUGACACACUAUAUUCACCCACUUACAACAUGCACAGAUCAAGGAAAGAUGCUCUAGUCAAGCAAUGAUAUUUCUCUCUCUUUGAUGAGCUGCAAGUUUGUAAAUAUAUUAUUCAAAUAUGCAGAUUAUAGAUCAGUUCAUUCUCAGUUGGUGCCAUCAGAAAGAGUGUGAUAUUACUCUGUAGACAUGUUGAAGAAGUGAGGUGACAGAAUUUCAUGGUCAUUUUCUCAGUUAAAUUUGAUUCAUUUUAACUGAAAGCUUAAACAACUCUUCCUCACUUUCUUCUUGAUCACUAAACUCAAUCAGAUCUUCUCCUUCACUCCUGCCAGUCAGUCAGCUUCUUUCUCUCCCUCUCUUCCUGUGUUUAGUAGUACAUUAAUUUAUUCAACUCAGAUUUAGAAGAACUAAUGUGAGAUCAAUAAAUUAUAUAUAUAUAUAUAUAUAUAUAUAUAUAUUUCAACUGGUAAGAAUCUCAUCUUACUGGCCUUCAGCAGAGCUGCCUCUUAAUUUCCAUCCACAGGUUGAGGAAUUGAGAGACAUAAAAUUGUAAUAGGAUAAGCACUAUGUAACCUUUUCACUGACAUUAACUUACUGUAAACAAUAUAUGGGAAAUACUGGUGUCAUUGUUUCCAAAUACUGAAGAAAAAAUAUAACGACAAAGACCGAA